CUGUUGUACAGUAUAGGUGUCAAGUCUUAUGGGCGAUUUACGACAGAUCAAAUCGAUUAUUACGGAAAAGCGUGCAAUGCCAGCGAAGGUAAAAACCGUUUCGUCGUUGACAUUGUUAUAUUCGAUUACUUACGUUCCCGAAUGCAUUUCCUAUACUUGUGGAUAUGUUUAGAAUUUAUUAUAUUGUUUACAGCCUUACUUGUGUCGAAGGAAGUUGUAGCGACGUGCAAUUACUCGUACACUGUGAUGGCAUGUUUGAACAAGCAGUUGGAUCUCGACAAGUUAACUUGAAACUCUUGAGCAUAUUGAAGAGUUAACCGAGUGGACCGAAACCAGAGUCAAACGUACCUCCUACAUAUUAUUUUUUCAUCUUAAAAUCAUAUUAUUUAUAUUUUAAUGAUAACUCUAACACUUAAGCACUAUUUAAU